GCAUUUUACUUAUUUUUCAGGUGUUGGUUGUAACUUGAAUGACUGUAAAAAUAUGAAUAUUGUAAACACAUUUUCGAUUUUAUUUUGAAUGUAGAACCUGUAACAAACCUUGGGGCUAUAGUAGGAGGAGUCCUCGGUGCCUUAGCUGCUCUCAUCAUCGUUGUUCUGAUUAUCGUCUUCGUGAGGCGACGACGCAGACGACCUACGGAGAGGAUCCAGAAGUAUGUUCCAAGUAUAAAAAGACUAAGGCACUCCACUAAGUUGAGAGACUUCAAAUCGCGAUUGGAUUUACUACAUCGUGAUUCCAACCUUCACUUCCAGGAGGAAUUUGAGGAACUGUGCAGCAGUCAGGAGAGACAAGCUUCACAAUUCAAGAUGCGUGCAGGAAACGAGCCAGUCAACCGUUUCAAGAACAGGAGUCAGGAGGCCCUUCCAUAUGACCAUUCACGAGUGGUAUUAAUCAACAGCCAAAACAGCGACUACAUCAACGCCAGCUACAUCGCAGGAGCUGAUUCUCCAUGUGAAUACAUAGCUACACAGGGACCGCUGUACUCUACUCUGUCUGACUUCUGGCGAAUGGUGUACGAGCACAGGACAGGGGUCAUCGUCAUGUUAUGUGACAGUGUAGAAAAUGGAAAGAAAAUGGUUGACCCGUACUGGCCUGACGAAAUCAACGUACCAGUGCGACACGGCGAGCUGACUGUCACAAUGACCGGUGUCUCUGUCCUUGAUGCAUAUGCAAUGCGCCAGAUAAAAGUAACAAUGAAAGAUCGACAGGACCUCAGAGUUACCCAGCUGUGCAUUCGUGGGUGGAGUGAGCGAGGAUGCAGCCUUCCUGCUGAAAAGCUGAUUGACGUCAUCCGUGUGGCUGGCUCGAGAGGCAACGAAAUCGAGCGGACCUGUCACAGCAUCCACUGCAUAUUAUCUCGGCCUUGGCAGGACUGGCACUGGUUCAUUGCCCUCCGAUUCUUUUGA